CCUCAGGCGGGGGACCAGCGCUGGGUGAGGACGGCCGGCAGCGCCCUGCACCUGCUGCACUCCCUCUACGGCCCCUUCUCCCGGCUCUACGGGAUCGGCCGCUGCUCCAAGGUGAGACCGGGGCGCCGUCCGCCCGCCGUCCGGCCGGGCGCCGUGUUGCCGUGGCGCCCGCUGACCUGUGUCCCCCCACAGAUGGCCUACGAGGCCUGGAGGGAGCUGGUGGAGGAGGGGGAGAAACACGCCCGCCAGGCCGAAAUCGGGAAUGUUUUUAUCAUCGACCGCGACGUGGACUUCGUCACCCCCCUGUGCUCACAGGUGGUCUACGAGGGCCUGGUGGACGACAUCUUCCGGAUCAAAUGCGGAUGUGUGGAGUUCGGACCCGAGGUCACCUCCUCCGACAAGAGCCUCAAAGUGAUGCUGAACUCCCAGGAUAAGGUCUUCGGCGAGAUCCGGAACGAGCAUUUCUCCAACGUCUUUGGGUUCCUCAGCCAGAAAGCCCGAAACCUCCAGACGGCGUACGAUAAGCGGAGGGGGAUGGACAUACAGCAGAUGAAGGCGUUCGUGUCGGAGGAGCUGAAGGGCCUGAAGCAGGAGCACCGGCUGCUCAGCCUCCACAUCGGCGCCAGCGAGUCCAUGAUGAAGAAGAAGACCAAGCAGGACUUCCAGGAGCUGCUGAAGACGGAGCACUCUUUACUUGAAGGAUUCGAAAUCCGCGAGUGCAUUUCUUUCAUAGAGGAGCACAUCAACAGACAGGUCUCCAUGAUAGAAAGCCUGAGGCUGCUUUGUCUCCUGUCCAUUACUGAAAACGGACUUUUGCCAAAAGAUUACCGGUCCUUAAAAGCACAGUUUCUGCAGAGCUAUGGGAUGGACCACCUCCUCACGUUUGCCAACCUGAAGCAGCUGGGGCUGCUGGUGGAGCAGCAGCCCGGGGACACCCUCACGGCCAUGGAGAGCAAAGUGGGCAAACUGGUGAACGACAGAGCUGCAGGAAAACUGACUGAUGCUUUUUCCUCUCUGGCAAAGAAGAGCAACUUCAGAGCUCUGAGCCGAAAGCUUAAUCUGGUGCCAAAGUCUGAUGAGGAGUACGACCUGCGCGUCCCCAGGGACAUGGCCUACAUCUUCAGUGGUGCUUACAUCCCUCUGAGCUGCAAACUCAUAGAGCAGGUGCUGGAGCGGGGGGGCUGGACGGGGCUGGAGGAAGUCACCAGACUCCUAAACGGACACGAAUUUGCCGUCACAGGCAGCAGCGGAGCGGAGACGAGGAACGACUCCCAGAGGAUCAUUCUGGUCAUGUUCCUGGGCGGGUGCACCUUCUCUGAGAUUUCAGCCCUUCGCUUCCUCGGCAGAGAAAAAGGUUAUAAGUUUAUUGUGGUAACGACGGCCAUCACUAACAGCUCCAGACUUCUGGAGGCUCUGCUGGGGAACCAGCUGUGA